AAGUUGUAAAUUGAAUUAAAGAAAAUGACAAAAGUUCACCCGAAAGCCAAACGAUCAAGCACGAGAUUUAAAAAGGACCUCAUAUCCAGUAGUCAAUACGUCAGACCGUAUUAUAUGAAGGACUUCAAAUACAUCAGUCCCGAAGCUCUGGUUACAAAGAAAAAUAGGACCAAGUUUGGGAGGAGGGAUGGAUGUGGUUUCAUUAAACUUUGGCUGAGCGAAGUGUUGAAAGGAUUCAAACAAUUCCUUUAUGAAGGUUCUCUUCAUGGUGUGAAGUACAUUUUCGAGCCAACCUUCAGUCACAAAGAGCGCGUCACAUGGAUAGUCAUCGUGGUCAUCAGCAUCACCAUUUGCGCCAUGAACAUCAUCCAACUGGUGCUGAAGUGGACUUCUACUCCAUUCGUCAAUGUCAUCGACUCUUUGCCAACGCCUAUAUGGGCUGUACCAUUCCCUAGCGUUGUUCUUUGUCCACAUUUACACGUUAAACUGUCCUUUGCUAAUGUUUCCGAGUUAAAGGGCACAGAGCGAUUUUUCACAUCAUUGGUGUGUCCUGAAAUAAAUAAAGAAAAUAAAAUAAUGGACACGAAGCAAAGGCUUACUUAUAAAGAAAAUGAAAUGCUGCAAAAGUUUAUUCUGAAGGGUUCACCAUCUUGCUCCGACUUGGUGAAAGUGUGUCAUUGGCGGUCAGAGUACGAGACGGAGUGGUUCAGGAAGGACUGCUGUGAGAAGCUUCUGAAGCCUAUCUUCACUGACUACGGCCUGUGCUACACCUUUAAUAGUCUGCCGCUAAAUGGAAUGACCAACAAGACCAUAGAUUGGCAGAAUACCUUCAACCCGUUUGCUACUACCAUGUCUCUCGAAUGGGACCUCGAUAAGGGAUAUCCGAAGAAGUUUCCACCAACUCCUGGGACUCUACCAUUCAGGGUCAUGGCGUCUGGAGAAGCUAAUGGGCUCGGGAUUGAACUCUAUCUGAACACAAGUGAACAUCAAUACGAAUGUGAUGGAAAUAACUUAGGAUUCAAUAUAUUAAUAAGUUCUCCAACCGACCACGUCUAUACCAGCACAAUUCUACGUCUCCCCAUGGAUAGAAUGACAACCGUAGAGGUUUCCCCAAUAUCGUACAAAACUGAUAGCUCCCUGAGAGCUCUGUCGCCAGAUCAGAGGCAAUGCUUCUUCCAGAAUGAGAGGAAACUGCAGUACUACGAAUUCUAUACAGACACUAACUGUAAACUGGAUUUGAGGAUACGAGAAACGGUGAAACAAUGUAAUUGCGCCUUGUACAAUUGGCCGAGAAAGCACGUCUGGAGUCCCAUAUGUUCAACGAAAUCUGAUUUUGAAUGUGUAGCACAAGUGAAAGCAAGAGUCGGAGAACAACUCAUCUUCGCGUACUACGCUGACAGCGAAGAACAGAGGAAACCUCAUGAAGAUGCCACCUCCUGCUAUCCAGCAUGUAACGACGUGCUAUAUUCUACCCAAGUGUAUUACUCUGACCUCAUGAAAGAUCCCGUUGACGCCAAAAUGGAUUGGGACUCAUCUAAAAAAGGGGAACGCACUCGAAUCAACGUACAUUUCUACAACGAUAUGUUCUUGGGGCAGCAUCGACAUGCACAGUACGACGAUUACUACUUUGCAGGUGCAAUCGGUGGUCUACUCAGUCUGUUUCUGGGAUUCAGCAUAAUAAGUGUCGCGGAAUUAGUGUACUUUGUGAUGUUGAAACCUUUACACAUAGCUUUUAAAGGUAUCCAGGUAUAGAUCCCGGCCUGUAAGUUGAAUCAAAGUUAUAGUUGUCUGCGCAGGUGCAAUCUAUACUUCUAUACUAAUAUUAUAAACAGGUAAAGUUUGUGGUAUCGUAUUUUAUAGGGGGUAAUCUCUGGAUAUACUGAAGCGAUUUUGAAAAUUCUUUUAUCACUGGAAAGCCACGUUAUUUGUGAGUGGCUUUAUUUUAUCCCGGUAUUCUCACGGGAACCGGAACUACGCGGGUGAAAUCGUAGAGCGUCGACUAGCUGUAAAUAAGAGUGUUGGACGCGUCCAAGGUGGUUACCUACGGCAUUAAUGAUUCCAGGACAAAUAAUUGAAAGUUUCGUACUAGAUUGUAAUGGCGUCAAUGUGUUGCUAUGAUUACGUCAUACGUAUGGCACCUCUUAUCAUCUCUAACACCCGAAAAUGUAUUAUUGCGCAUAGGUCAACUUACAGGCCGGAAACUACAACUAACUAGGCUAUUCUGUAACGAUAUUUAUAACUCGCAAGUGCGUGUUUCGAAUUUACCUCUAUCUCUCACUGUUUAAAACGAUAUUAUAAGAUGAGAAAGAUAGCGGUUAAUUAGAAACUCGCAUUUGCGAGUUAUACAAAACAUCGUUAAUAAUAAUCGGUAAGAGAAUAGCCGUGCUGUUCUUAAAUUACACUGGAAGCACGUGCUAACUGCAUUGCUUAAAUUUGUUUAAAAUUAUUAAUUCUCAAUUACUUGUAACAAAUAAAG